GUGCCUCCUUCCUUCAUCCAUCCUUCCUCCCAGCCGCCGGGGGACAGCCCAGGUGAUCCGCCGCUGGGGACAGGGGUUAAAAUGAAUGAAGAUCUGAAGGUUAAUUUGAGCUGGCUGCCUCAGGAUCAUGUAGAAGCCAGCUCUACAGAGAAUGCCUCAGCUGCAGGCUCCUCCCUGGUUCCUGCCGUAGACCCUGAGCCAGAGCUUUUGGUAAACCCCUGGGACAUUGUCUUGUGUACUUCAGGGACCCUUAUCUCCUGCGAAAAUGCCAUUGUGGUCCUGAUCAUUUUCCAUAAUCCCAGUCUUCGCGCCCCCAUGUUCCUCCUGAUAGGCAGCCUGGCGCUGGCAGAUCUCUUAGCAGGCAUUGGAUUGAUCAUCAAUUUUGUUUUUGCCUACCUUCUGCAGUCAGAAGCUACGAAACUGGUUACGAUUGGACUGAUUGUUGCCUCUUUCUCAGCAUCUGUUGGCAGCUUGCUGGCUAUCACUGUUGAUCGGUACCUCUCCCUGUAUUAUGCUCUGACUUACAAUUCAGAGAGGACUGUGACUUUUACCUAUGUCAUGCUUAUAUUGCUCUGGGGAGCAUCUAUCUGUAUUGGACUGCUGCCUGUAAUGGGCUGGAACUGUCUCAGAGAUGAAUCCACCUGCAGUGUUAUCAGACCACUCACUAAAAAUAAUGCAGCUGUCCUUUCGGUCUCUUUCUUGCUUAUGUUUGCCCUCAUGCUGCAGCUCUACAUUCAGAUCUGUAAAAUCGUGAUGCGCCAUGCCCAUCAGAUUGCCUUGCAACACCAUUUCCUGGCCACUUCCCACUAUGUGACCACCCGAAAAGGAGUGUCUACUUUGGCCAUUAUUUUGGGGACUUUUGCUGCUUGCUGGAUGCCUUUUACGCUCUAUUCUUUAAUAGCAGAUUACACCUAUCCUUCUAUAUACACCUAUGCCACCCUCCUGCCAGCUACCUACAAUUCCAUCAUCAAUCCUGUAAUAUAUGCUUUUAGAAACCAGGAGAUACAGAAAGCACUUUGGCUCGUCUGUUGUGGCUGUAUUCCUUCUAACCUGUCUCAGAGGGCAAGAUCACCCAGUGAUGUCUGAUUGGCAGCCACGAGGACGCUCCUUAACUUGUUAUUUUCCAGACAUUCUGUCUUUGGUUUAGAUGCAUUCAUUAAAUGGUGUGUGAUGGGUUCACAUAAAAACCACAGGAUGGACUGACCUUUUGGUAAACAGAAAACCCCAGCGACCAAAAUCAAUCGAGUGGUUUAAGGAAGAUUUCCAAAAUCAAAAGAAUCAGUGUUCUUAACAGAUUUAUAACGUUGCUCAGGGUCUUUUUGUCAUGUUACCCAGACUUUGCCAAGUUUGCCAUGAUUUUACAUUAAGUUUUCUAAUUAAAAUAAGAUCAAAACAGCAUACUCCUUUAAAAUUGUUUAUGUGAUUUGGUUUAGUCACACUGCAUGUUACAAUCUGUUCUUAGGAUAUUUUUUUCCUCUUUUAUUUUUUUAAACAGAAAUAAAAAACCCAACCAAGUCCUGUUACCCCAUCUGUAUAUCAUCAGAAUAGUCUUCAAAAUAAUGGCCAAUUGUACUGAUUAAUAUGGAAUUUAUUGUAAUAAUCUCAGUGCAACUAAUUUGCUCUAAGUGAGAAAGUAGUUGUGCAGCUUUCUAUUUUAUGUCUCAGCAUGAAUUAGGUUGACGAUUUUUCGAUUUUUUUUACCUGUUCUCUCAUGUGCUCUGGCUGGAUGUUAAAGCAAGAGAUAUGCAUUGCUUUCCUUUUUAAAAGUCAGACAUACGUUUGCACUUGCCCACGGGACAUUGGAACUAUGCUGUUGAUUUUAAAACUGAUGGGGCUAUCUUUGAAAUUGAUGAAACAAUGUGGACUCUUUCGGCUAUGCAUUUGUAAUAGACUGAAAACUAGGUUCCUCAGACAAGUUUAUCUUUCCAGAAGAGUGUAAGAAAUGUUUCAUAAAACAACCUACAGAUUGCUUGCAGCACAUAUUUAGUGCUACAUGAAAUGGUUCCCCUAUGUUGUUACCAAGUCAAUACUAUUUGUUUUCACUGUUCUCCUAUGUAAUUUUAAAUACCAACAUUUAUAAAUUCUCAAAGCAUAUCUACUUCAUAAUUAUAUGCAGCCAGAACUGCAAGAUGAA